GGGCGUGCUCGCACACAAUCCUAGCGUUGCUCGCGGGGUUUAGGAGGAUUACAGCGGCGGGCAGGUUGGAGGAAGGAACGGCACCGCUGCCGCCGUCCGUCCGUCCGUUUGUUUGUUUUCGGUGGGCGCCGCGAUGGCAAGCGUUGCCCCGACGAUGCCAGCCGACGACGGCCGUCGCUAGUUGCGCUCGCGCACAGCAACGCGGGGGGAUCCGGUGCGAGUCCCGGGAUUAUGUGCGGAGCUGGUGGCGCUGCUGUGGAGAAAAGUUUAUCAGAAGUAGGGACGCGCUGACACCAGCGGCGCUAAAAUGGCAGAACGCAGCGAUGUCAACGUCCUCAGCAUCCCGGUGCCCAUGCGCCGCGGUGGCUCAGAGUCCAACCUGGACGUGGUGGACGGCGCGGGGCACGAAGGAGUGGGUCUGGAUUUCACCAAGGGAGCGCUGGGCAUCGACAGCCUGCAGCAAAAGAUCCUCAAGGUGACGGAGCAGAUCAAGGUGGAGCAGACGGCUCGGGACCAGAACGUGGCCGAAUACCUGAAGCUGGUGAACAACGCCGACAAGCAGCAGGUGUCGCGGAUACGCCAGGUCUUCGAGAAGAAGAACCAGAAGUCGGCCCAGAGCAUCGCGCGGCUGCAGAGGAAGCUGGAGCAGUACCACCGCCGCGUGAAGGAGAGCGAGACCAACGGGAAGCACAGCCACAAGGACGGGAGCGGCAGGGAGUCCGGCACCCACAGCAAGGAGGGCAGCCUGCGGGACGUCAGCGCCAGCGGAGCCGGGCGGCACCCGGCGCUGGACAAAGUGAAGACCAUCGGGCCCGGCGUGUCGCUCUCGCCACCGUUCUUCUUCAACAAGUCGCGGGAGUUCGCCAACCUCAUCAGGAACAAGUUCGGCAGCGCCGACAACAUCGCCCACCUGAAGAGCUCCAUGGAGGCGGGCUCGGGGCUGCACGUGGAGGGCGGCGCCAGGGGCCUGAGCGGCAGCGCCACCACGGUGUCCAAAACCUCCAAGUACCACAGUGACGACGAGUGCUCCACGGGGACAUCUGCGUCCGCUGACUCUAACGGGAACCCAGCCGGGGGCUCGGGCUUGGAGUCCGGAUGUGCAGGGCGAUCUGAGUCCAGUAGCCGGCUGGGGGAGGUGCUGGACAUGGUGCGGGAGAUCAGAGAAGCACAGGCUCAGCUGGCUGAAGACAUGGACUCCAUGAGCACACAGUUCAAACGGGACUACAGCUACUUCACACAGGUGAUCCAGGAGGAGCGGUACAGGUGUGAGCGGCUUGAGGACCAGUUAAACGACCUUACAGACCUCCACCAGCAUGAGACCAGUAAUCUGAAGCAGGAGCUGGCCAGUAUAGAGGAGAAGGUGGCUUACCAGGCCUACGAGAGGGCCAGGGAUAUACAGGAGGCCCUCGAGUCGUGCCAGACUCGAGUGUCAAAACUGGAGCUCCAGCAGCAGCAGCAGCAGACGGUUCAGCUGGAAAACACCGACGCCAAAGUCCUCCUGGGGAAGUGCAUCAACAUCAUGCUGGCCAUCGUCACCGUGAUCCUGGUGUGCGUCUCCACGGCGGCCAAGUUCACCGCGCCGCUGCUGCGCAGCCGCCUCCACGUGGCGCUCACCUGCGUCGGCGUGUCCGUGCUGGCGCUGCUGUGGAAGAACUGGGAACACUUGCAGUGCGCUUUGGAGCGGUUGCUCCUCCCUCACUGAGACCAGCAGAUUAACUACACAUGAAAAGAUCCAAAACCUGGGACCAGGUCUCCACACAAACUGGUUUACAUGUAGCCUUACACCUGCCCUGCUUCCCUGGGGAGUUUGGGCUUUGCAGAGACUUGAUUUAGGACUCUUCUUCUUUGCAUGUCUAAAUGGGGUUCACAUAAAUCUACAAAGGAGCCGGGAGCCUUACCCAGAAUGCAUCUGCACAGUAACAACCCAGGUGUAAGCUGGAAUAACUGAAAUAAGCAACAGAUCCUGAAGGUGCAAUGGUAACAGUGAGUUACUACAGUCUGAACUGUGGGAGAUCAGAUUCCAGUCUCAUUGUUUCGUCAGGAGCUUCUAACACUACAAUCUAAAUAUAAGUGAGGGGGGCUUUACUGUGGUGUUGAAAUACAGUGAUUUUUUUCCUGUCCUUAAAGGGAAGCAUCAUGAAACCAACACCUGUAAUGUCUGUGCGCCUGCUGAUCAGCUUUGAACCUGCACAGCUCUUUUCCUUAUGCAUCAGCCAGCUGUGCUCGAGGAGCUUGAGUUUGAUCUGUGCGUCAAUGCAUCAUUGUUCUGUGUGUAGAUGAUGUUUUCAGUGUCUUGUUUAAAAGUAUGUUUUUAUAAGCUGUGUGUUUAACCUGUUAAACGUGUUUGUGCACCAUAAAGGAAUAGUUCAACAUUUUGGGACGGGACGCUAGAGGCCUUAGAAUGGCUCCAGCCUGGCUGGGUCUGCAAUUCACUGGAGAACAUCACACUCUCGUCAAACAGGACAGGAACAGCUGAUGGCAAUAGCCCUCUGAGUCCCUUUGAUGUUCAUCGAUCGGAGUGACAAAAAGAUGAGGUGAAUGUCAGCUUUAGUAGCUCGGUAGCUUUCUUCAUCAUAGCCGUCCAAAUCUAUUAAACGUUGUCCAUAGGUGGAGCCACUAUUUCCAGUCUUUGUGCUGAGCUAAGUCGACUGCCUCCUAAAUGCUGAACUGUUCCCUCGAAGGGAAGCUUAAAAACUGCCUGGGGUCACAUCCACUUUGCACUUCAUGUACUGUAAAAUCUGCUUCAUGUUGUUUAAGUAGCAGGUCGUUUAUGUGCUUUUACCUCGGCUAUAGAAACAACCAGCUGGUGUGUGAACUGUGAGGGAGGACUGACCUGAGAUCUGCUUUAAGUGCACAAACUAACCCAGCACUCGUACCUGUAGAGAGAAGAAGAGCAGAGAUUAAAGAUGCUGACUUUAUUCACUGGCCUUUUAAUGAGGCGAACAGAACAAAUGACUCUCAACCGGUCUGUCUGUGUGAUGCUGCGGUGCGUUCAAGUCCGGGGGGAAUAACAUCGAAGCCCUGAGCAAACCAGUCCCACCUGCGGAAGCUCGCUUUGCUCCAUGAGUGAUGACUGCCGUGCUUUUUAAAAGUUCCCCUGAGCCUUUUUAAAAUACGACUUCUACAGCUGGGAAGUGAUUCAUUUAAAAAAAACUAGCACAAAAUGUGUGUAUUGUAUUGACUUGGAGGAUGAAGAUUGUUCACUUGAAAUAAUGUUUGUUUUUGUCCUAAAAGACUGAGUCAACAGGAGGUAUUGAACCCUGUUCCUGAGCAGCAUUUACCUCAAGGCGUGGUGAUAUUGACGUUCCAGCGUCAACAUUGGAUGUGUGGACUGGACAGAGGGAACUAAACGAUGUAGCUCCCUAACUGUAUCACUGUGAUGAAAUGGGACUCAUGCCUUUCUUAAUGCAGCUUAUUUCUCUGUUUUCUGUUUGUUUCCCUUCAAAAGCCAAAUAUGGACUUCUCAGUAACAUGGUAGUUACUGUUUAUUCCCCCUAUGAUUUCCAAAUCAACUCAAUCACUGUCUGUCACUCUGCCUGCUAACCUGGUGGAGAGACCUCCACCCUCCCUCCAGAGUUGAACUUCACAUCAUUAUGUAUAUUUCCAAUUCUGUCUAGUCUGUGUGCAUUAGUUCAGGUUAUGGGUUUUCCCGUAACAAGGCUUUUUGUUUUUGCUUUUUCAGAUGAGAAAAUAAACUUGUUUUUCUAGGA